AUGCAGAAAUAUAAAAGAUCUACUAGUGAUCAUCCAUCACACAAUGUUCGCGAUCCAGUUCGAGAACAAGCUCAAAUAAAUUAUCGAGCUGUUGUUCAUGAGUUGAAUGAGAAAUUCAAAGGAUUUAAGGAAGGAUGCUACCCAAGACCGAAAGGAUGUCUUUGUGUGGUUGGCAAAGAUCAUAAUGGAAGAGAAGUAACAGAACGACGAUUCGAAGAUCGGGAUUGUAAAUGCGAACUUGGCGAGCGUGGAAAUGGAUGUCACAUCAAAGGGGCGUAA